CUGACGGUGUUUCAGGGCAUGUAUGGCUGUUCCAGUCGAAGGUUAAUUGUCACUAAAAAUCUGUGCCAAUCAAUUAGGAAUGUGUUGCUGCCUUAAUUACCGCCAUUACCAAAGCCAAGGGCAUUGGAAGAACUAAUGGAUCGACAUUGUAAAGCCGAUUAUGCAAUGACCCGCAAUUCUCAAAGAUGCAAACUUGGGGUACGUGGAGUAGCUACAGCUGGGAGUAGCGAUGCAUGUCUGCCUCUGGGGGUGACAUAAACAGAAGAAGACGAAGAAAAAAAGCAAUAAUUAAUUCUCCGUUAGCUUCGUCUCUGUGUUGUCCGUCGCCGUCAAGGAACUCUAUAUUUUUUUCUUGUAGUACAAAUAUAAUUUUUUUUUUUUUUAAAUGAAAAAUUUUUUCUUUCCUCUCAGCUUUUUGGUUCAAUUCUUUCACUCGUCUUCCACUGGGGGUCGAGACAGAGACAGACACAGUGGGGAUGAAUUUGAAGGACGAAUCCAAUAAUCAAAUCCAACCUCCAUUUUUGAUCUGAAACGAAUCAAAAUCAGCGGAUCCAUGAAUUCUUAUGCGUAAGCUUCAAAAUCUCCUCUCUUUCUCAUAGUCAAUCUAAUUAAUCUGAAUAGAUCACUUUGGUAUUAAUUAAUGGCUUCCCCUGGUAAUCCUCCAAAUCAAGGGGGUGGCGUGUUUGAUGUGAAUAAGCUGUUCAAGCCGUCUUCAAGCCCUAUGAAUAUGAAUAUGAUGCAAUCUUCAAACCCACCACAACAGCAGCAGCCACAGCCACAGCCUCCUUUGAGUCCUAGCAGCUCUAACCCAGUUGUUGGCAAUCUCACAACUUCUCCUUCCUUUCCUCUCCCUUCAUCUCUUCCUGCUUCUUCGCCUCCAUAUUUAACUCCAUCUUCCUCUUAUCCUCCUCCUACUGGGCCUUACCACCCUUAUCACCCUCACUACCUCACUCCUUAUCCUACUCCUGCUCCACAACUUCAACAGCAUCACAAUCAGUUCCUCACUAACAUGCAACAGCAGAAUAGACUUCAACCCAUUUCUUCUUUUCCUCCUCCUGCUACUGCUGUCGCUGCACCUUCUAUUGCUCCUUCUCCUUCUCCUUUCUCGCCUAAUAACCCUAAUCCCAGUGGUGUAUUAAUGGACAUCCUCACCAAUCACCACCACCAGCAACAACAUCCUCCCUCCACUAGUCUCAUCAUGCCCUUCUCUUCCGCAUCUUCUUCGUCAGCUGUAUCUAACUUCAAUGCUCCCAUCCCAUCUGCCCCGCCUGUCAGUUUGGCAUCCCCAACUCACCAGCCGCAGCAGCCCAGCCCAACCCCCAUGAGAAUGCUCAGCAGCAAGCUCCCCAAAGGGCGCCAUUUGAUUGGCAACCAUGUCGUGUAUGAUAUUGAUGUCAGAUUGCAAGGCGAGGUGCAGCCACAACUCGAAGUCACUCCCAUCACCAAGUACGUCUCUGAUCCUGGUCUUGUACUUGGCCGUCAGAUAGCUGUCAAUAGAAAUUACAUUUGCUAUGGACUUAAGCCUGGAGCUAUUCGCAUCCUCAAUAUCAAUACUGCCUUGAGAUCCUUGCUCCGCGGACAUAACCAGAAAGUAACAGAUAUGGUGUUCUUUGCUGAGGAUGUUCACCUUCUGGCCAGCACAUGCAUUGAUGGACGGGUCUUCAUACGAAAGAUCAAUGAGGGGUCAGAUGAGGAAGAGAAGCCUCAAAUUUUUGAAAGGAUUAUCCUUGCCCUUCAGAUAAUAUCAGAGGGAGAAUCAGUCCAUCCACGAGUUUGUUGGCAUCCUCACAAACAAGAAAUUUUGAUGGUUGCCAUUGGAAAUCAUAUCCUGAAAAUUGAUACCAUUAAAGUUGGCAAAGGUGAAGUAUUUUCAGCAGAGAAACUUCUCAAUUGUUCCACUGAUAAGUUGAUUGAUGGGGUCCAGCUUGCUGGUAAGCAUGAGGGUGAAGUUACUGAGUUGUCAAUGUGUCAAUGGAUGACCACCCGUUUAGCUUCAGCUUCAGCAGAUGGCACGGUCAAGAUUUGGGAAGACCGAAAAGCAGUGCCACUUGCAAUUUUAAGACCUCAUGAUGGUGACCCUGUAAACUCUGUGGCAUUCUUGACUGCUCCCCACCGUCCUGAUCAUAUAGUUCUUAUCACUGGGGGGCCACUGAAUCAGGAAGUGAGGAUUUGGGUCUCUGCAAGUGAGGAGGGCUGGCUGUUGCCUAGGGAUGCUGAAUCGUGGCAGUGUAAUCAGACAUUGACCUUAAAGAGUUCUGCUGAAUCUACUUUUGAGGAUGCAUUCUUUAAUGAAGUUGUAGCACUGCCUCAUGCUGGCUUAUUUCUGUUGGCGAAUGCCAAGAAGAAUGCUAUUUAUGCAAUACACAUAGAAUAUGGACCUUAUCCAGCUGCUACCCGCAUGGAUUACAUAGCUGAGUUUACAGUGACAAUGCCAAUUUUGAGUCUAACUGGAACUAGUGACAGUUUACCUAAUGGAGAACAUGUUGUUCAGGUUUACUGUGUCCAAACACAGGCUAUUCAGCAGUAUGCUUUGAAUUUGUCACAGUGCCUACCACCUCCUCUGGAGAACAUGGAGUUGGAGAAAAAAGAAUCUAAUGUUUCUCGUAUUUUUGAUGCUGCUAGUUCUGAUGGUUCCACUAUCAUGAAAUCUUCUCAUGAAAGUAAACCAACUAUGGUUCCCCUAGGUAAAGGGGCUCCCAUAGAACCUAUGCUUUCCAGCAGUUCUGAGAAUGCUCCCACAGCAAGCCAUCCUGAAAGCCUGACUGCCUCUGAGGUUGCUAUCUUGCCUGAUAUUGAUACUUCAGGUGUAGACACCAAGGAUGGUGCUUCGGCUUCACAUAAUAGUAUUGAAAAUAUUGGUAUCUUGUCUCCUCCACUUCCAUCGAGUCCACAGCUCUCUCAAAAAUUGUCAGGCUUCCAUGGUCCAUCAAAGAGCAUCGAGCCUAGCAUGCAACUCAAUAAUCAUGUAGUUGACCAGCCUGUCCUUGACUAUUUGGUUGAGCACAGAAUGGAUACUGCAAAUGACAUGGCUGAUGUCCCUUCUUCAGGUGACAAUUUGAGGAAGGGUCAGAAAAACAUUUCACAAACUGACAUCUCUGUGGUUCCUGAACCUCCUGUAACGUUUAAACACCCAACCCAUCUUAUAACCCCAUCGGAAAUACUAUCAAGAGGUUCCUCAUCUGCUGAGAAUUCUCAAAUUUGUCAGGUCAUGAAUGUGGGAGAGGCAAAGAUCCAGGAUGUGGUUGUCAACCAUGACAUGGAAAGUGUGGAGGUAGAGGUUAAAGUUGUUGGAGAGACAGGAACCAAUCAAAGUAAUGACUUUGACUUGCCUAGAGAAUCCCAUGCCAAUGUUCCAGAGAAAAAGGAAAAACCAUUCUACUCUCAGGCCUCAGAUCUUGGUAUCCAGAUGGCCAGAGAUUGUUCUGUGGAAGCCUAUACUGUAGGGGGAAUUCAGCAGGCUCUUGAAAGUGGUGUCUCAGACAUAUCAGAUAGACCUCCAACAAAUGGUGAAGAUGGAGGGCAUGAUAUAAGAAAAGAUACACCUGAAAAGGUUGGUGAAUCAGAAACUUCUGUGGUAGUCCCCCAGUCCACUCCAUCUACAAAAGGAAAAAAACAAAAAGCGAAAAACUCUCAAUUUUCUGGUCCAUCGUCGCCUUCUGCAAGUCCUUACAACUCCACAGAUUCAUCCAAUGAACCAGGUUGCAGUUCUGGUGCCCAAUCUAGUGACGCUGCUUUAUCUCAAUUGUCUGCCAUGCAAGAUAUGCUUGAUCAGUUACUGAGCAUGCAGAAAGAAAUGCAGAAGCAGAUGGCUGUGAUGGUUUCUGUCCCAGUUUCCAAGGAAGGCAAAAGACUAGAGGCAUCCUUGGGCCGGAGCAUUGAGAAAGUUGUUAAAGCUAAUACUGAUGCUUUAUGGGCUCGUUUCCAAGAAGAAAACACAAAGCAUGAGAAGUUAGAGCGAGAUCGUACUCAACAGAUGAUUAAUUUGAUUACGAAUUGUGUAAACAAGGAUUUACCAAGCACUUUAGAUAAAACUUUAAAGAAGGAGAUAGCUGCAGUUGGACCUGCUGUAGCUCGUGCAAUUACUCCCACUCUGGAGAAAAGCAUAUCUUCAGCGAUUAACGAGUCAUUCCAGAGAGGGGUGGGGGAGAAGGCAGUGAAUCAACUGGAAAAAUCUGUUAGUACAAAACUUGAAGGCAUGGUAGCCAGGCAAAUGCAAUCACAGUUUCAAACUUCUGGAAAGCAAGCUCUUCAGGACGCACUGAGAUCUAGUUUGGAAGCUGCAAUUAUUCCAGCAUUUGAGAUGUCAUGCAAAUCUAUGUUUGAUCAAAUUGAUUCCACGUUUCAAAAAGGGCUCAUUAAUCAUCUCAAUGCUGCUCAACAACAGUUUGACUCUGCACAUUCUCACUUGGCCGUUGCUCUUAGGGAUGCCAUCAAUUCAGCAUCAUCAAUCACUCAGACCCUGAGUAGUGAAUUAGCUGAGGGCCAACACAAGCUCUUUGCUAUUGCAGCUGCCGGUGUGAACUCCAAAGUAGCAAAUCCCUCUUUGAGUAAUGGACCAUUGGCUGCUUUACAUGAAAUGGCUGAAGCUCCUUUGGAUCCAACAAAAGAAUUAUCCAGAUUGAUAGCUGAGUGCAAAUUCGAGGAAGCAUUCACAGCAGCGCUGCACAGAAGUGAUGUCUCUAUAGUUUCCUGGUUAUGUUCUCAGGUUGAUCUGCCGGGGAUUUUGUCCAUGGUCCCAUUACCCUUGAGCCAAGGAGUUCUUCUGGCCCUUUUACAGCAACUGGCCUGCGAUAUCAGCAAAGAAACUUCUAGAAAGCUGGCAUGGAUGACUGACGUGGCUGUUGCUAUAAACCCUUCAGAUCCAAUGAUUGCAGUACAUGUGAGGCCAAUAUUUGAUCAAGUGUAUCAGAUACUGAGCCAUCAGAGGAAUCUACCCACUACACCUGCUUCAGAAUCUGCCAGUAUACGUCUUCUUCUGCAUGUCAUAAACUCUGUGAAAAUGAGCUGUAAAUGAUUCUUCCUAUGUUUGUGCAAAUGUGUAAAAUAUACUUUUGGUUUGUGUAGGAGUCUAGAAGGGUUUAAGGGGAUUGCUGUUAUGAUUUGUAUGAAUUAGUCGCAUACUUGUCUUUGUCUCCAUUUUAUGUUUGUUAGCCUUAAACAGUGAAUCUCAAUUGCAUGGGCAGUUAAAUUGAGCUUGUAAAUGAUUUUGUACUCUACUUUUCCCCCCUUAAUAAUAUCAUAUGCAAUUGCAAUAA